AUGUGUGAAAAUGGAAAUAUUACUAUAAGAUAUGCUAACAAUAAUGACAAGAAAGAUAUUCUUGAAUUUUUGUUGUCUGACUUUUUAAUAAAUGAAGCAUUAAAUGCAUCGUGUGGAUUAAGUAGAGGGGAAGCAGAAGAAUUUUUUUCUCAACUCAUUGAUAUUGGUUUAGGGGGUGAAGAAAGUUGUAUAAUAUUAAAUGAGAAAAAUGAAAUUAUUGGUUGUAAGCUUGGAUGUAUUAUGAAUAGAAAUGAUGAAGUUGAAGAGGUAAAUUUAAUGAACCAAGAAAUAUUAAAUAAUGAUGGUACAAGAAAAAUUGUAACAAAAAGUUCAUAUAGUAAUGUAGAACAUAUUAAAGCUAUACUUAGUCAUGUUGAUUCUAAGUUAUGGGAUUCAAUACCUAAAAAUAUAAAUAAAAUUAUGUCUGUCAUUAUUAUUUCUGUUUCUAAAGAAAAUACAAGAAAAGGAUAUGGAAAACAAUUAAUUACUUAUGGAAUUAACAAACUUAAAGAAAAUAAUGUUCAAGGAAUUGUUGCUGAAUGUUCUGCAAUAAAAUCUCAAAAUCUUUUUGGUAAACUUGGAUUUACUUGUCAAUAUUUAAUAUUACAUAAAGAAUUUGUUGAUGAAAAUAACCAUCAAAUUUUUAUUGCUAAAGAUGAAACAGACAGUGUUAAAAUUAUGUUUAAAGAAAUAUAA